CCCGUUCUUGCGGCUAUGUCGUUGCCGGAUCCAGACGGGACAACACUGUCGACACCCCGGCCUCCUCCUCUCCCAUCGUCAGCGCUGACCAUUCUUCAAACAAGCUGUCACGCCGCGCUUGGCUGGCAGUGCUGCGGUCGAACUGAGUGCUUUGAUAAGGGGCCGUCAGGCGCAGCAGCGACACCAGCAUCGGCUUUCGGAACUGUCGGGGAGCCUCCUUUAUCAGCCUCACACGUGCGUGGCUCGAGUCUUUUGCCCCUGCGCUCCGUCCGAGCGUGGUACCUUUACGUGAGGGAGUUCUGAGAAGAGCCAGCGUUUUGUUUUGUGUUGGUGCAUUUAUCUUUUUACUGCUCAAUCCUGGUUGGGUUGGAUUUCUCCUGUGUUGGCUUGUGGGCUACAUGCCAAAGUGAUGUUGGUAGGUCAGGCACUGGUUGAGUUGUUUCGCAUCAUAGCAGUGACAGGGCUGCUGAUAUCGAAGCAGUCUUUCAGGAUGGUUGACAGGCUUCCUGCAAAACGGUCUUUUCUCUGCAGCACUGUCUGUCUCUGGUUGCUACUGCUGCUGAGUCAAGAUGGGGGCGAGUCAUCGCCGCGGCCAGCCUGGGAGCGAAGCAGUUCACCACUGGGUGCAAGCCGGUACCUGCGAAGUCUUCGGUGGAUGCCCAUUCCACUGGGGAUUGGUUUUGCCUGCCUAGCGUACCUGAGGAGCUUACGCAGCCGUAAUGCAGACGACGACAGCACUCCGCAGCCCGUUGCUUCUGGCCUCCAAGUGUCCUUCUACCGAAUGCUGCCCCUGCGCAUGGCUUCUCGGUGGUGGGGCUGGGCCAACGACAUAGAGCUGCCUGUAUGGCUGCGCGCACCGGUGCUGGGCCUUUUUGCAUGGGCCGUCGGCUGUGACGUACACGAGGCUGAAGUGGAGGACUUGCGGCAGUAUCGGAAUCUGGGGGAGUUCUUUCGACGCUCACUCAAGCCAGGCCUUAGACCCCUUUGCCCAGGCGACUGUGUGGUGAGCCCAGCAGAUGGCACGGUGCUGCAUUUUGGUCGCAUAGAGAAAGGUUUUGCGGAGCAGGUGAAAGGCAUCACCUAUUCACUACCAAGGUUCCUUGGGCCUCAUCCAUGGGACCCACACUGUCUACACACUAAUGGUGAGGAGGAAUACCACAAGAAACUUCUGCAGCAGAAAGACACCGAUUUGUAUCACUGCGUGGUGUACCUGGCCCCCGGUGACUAUCACCGUUUCCACUCCCCUGUGCAGUGGGAGGUGCAACACCGGCGGCAUUUUCCAGGUACCCUUCUGAGUGUGCGACCAGGUGUCGUCAACUGGAUAGCCGGCCUGUUCAAUAUGAACGAGCGUGUAGUCUAUAUGGGCCGGUGGCGACAUGGAUUCUUUAGUAUGACUGCUGUUGGUGCUACCAACGUUGGCUCCAUCAAGGUUUACUUCGAUAAUAACCUUGUGACCAACCGGCGGAAGUACAAGAAGCACAACUUCAAUGACCAAUGCUUCCAGUCCAACCACAACUCUGAGGGCAUCAGCGUUGAGAAGGGCGAACCCUUCGGCGAGUUCAAUCUGGGAUCUACCAUUGUGCUCAUCUUUGAGGCACCACGGGACUUCUCGCUUGAGCUCAAGGAAGGCCAGCGCAUCAAGUACGGUGAGCUCAUCUGCCGACAGUCCAGUAGCAGCUUUCAAGAAGCACAGACGUGAGGCCAGCUGCUGCGACAUUCAGAGUUUCGUUUUCAACACUCGUCAUCAUUGAAUUCCGUCUCAUAGUGAGAGAUUGCAGGGGGCAUGUUGCAAUCUUCACAAGGCUGCCUGAAGGUCCACAGAGGUGGUUUGAUGUAUUUUUGCUAUCAUCACUGGUGCAGAGCUAGUGCCGCCCCAUUGUUGCACCAGCUCGCGUGGAGAGCUGCAAGGAGGUGAUGUCCCUCCGUGAAUGCCUAUCUUGUAUGCGACAACUUUAUGCACUGCAGUAAGGCUAAACUCGAACUGCAGGUUGUUAUAGCAUUUGGUAUCAUAUGCACUGUUUGUGUGUUUUUUUUUUUGUUUUUUUUUUUGUCUAUUGAAAGAGGCUGAUUGAGAUCAGUUCAGUUCUGUUAUUAGUAAGGCCCAGCCUUUUCCUUUUUUCCUUUAGCACUUGAUUUGUGCACAAAUGCUUACAUUGACACAGUUUCUAUUGCGUUGACCAUGCAAAUAUGCGGAGGUUGAGAACGAGUUGUGCCAAGUAAAGCAGUUGCACUUUAGGUACCCAGGGGACAUGUAUGUGCAGGUUGUGGUUUGCGGUUGCAGCUCCACAUCCACACACGGCUGGUAGAGAUGCAAAAUGAAAUGCUGCAAUUGUAAAAACUAGGCGUUACUAUAAUGAUGUUACAUGUUGACAGUGUACAGUGUUCUCAUCAAUUAACUUACUAAGUUGAAAGACAUUUUACUUGCUGUUAGAUUAUAAGCCUGACUUAUUGCAAAUGUGUGAUGGUCACGAUCCGGGCCUGCCUUGGUAAUUUUUAUUCCCUGUAUGAUGACCGGCAAAGUAAAGUGUACCUAUGUGCUUCUAGGUUAAUGGCCUUGUUUUCAUUUUUUUUUUUUCCAUUGUGAUGUUUUACAAUCAAAAGUAUGAUGCGUAUUGUACAAGUUGGAAUCAUGAGAAGACUUGUGGCUGUUAAACUAGAAAGCUUUUUGAUAUCUGCAAGUAGCAGAAGAUUAGUUCACAAGUUGGACCCAGUUUCACUAUCGUAGCAUAAGCGUACUCUUUUAUGUGUCGUAUUUUCCGGUUCAGGAUUGAAUUGCCGAGGUGUAGCCACGUGAUGUUAGUGUAGAAUCUGCCCUGCACACACAUAAAUUGCCUCGUGGCUGGUUUCAUUGUAUAUCCAUGUAUGUCGAAACAGGAGAUUAUCAUUCCUUCAGCACGAUCGCUUAUUCACACUAAAUUGAUUUGCUAAGAGAAAGACUACCUGAUUCAGCUGCAUGCACUGAAGAUUGCGGCACUCUUUUCGCUAGCAUUCUGUGAAGGAAUUUCCCCGGUUACAGUCCCUUGCUGAUAUUACUGAUGGGAGGCUCAUUGCUAGUGCCAAGGAGUAGGGCAGUGCGAAUAGGGAUUUUCGAGACCAAAUCGAAUACGAAUCAAGUAGUGCCUGAAGUGAAUCGAAUGUAAUCAAACAUGAAAUACUUCUCGAAUAAUGAAUAGCUGUUAUCACAAUUAAUAAUAAAGGUAUGUUCACAUCCCAGUAUUCUCAAGGUUAACAAGUUUCUAUCAUUGCAUAGUAUGCUAUAUGAAGCAAAAUUUAUUAGAAGCACAAAUGGAGCAUUGGAAGCACACAAGUACGUUCGUCGCAUGCACAGGGCUCUCCAGCAAGUGCAAAUGAUCAUUGUACAGCCUGCAAAGUAUGGCUACAUAAGUGACAUAGCCUGCUCCACUAAGCAAGUCCUCAUGUUCUAUGUCCAAACUGUGCCGACAGUGGCAAACAUUUACCAUACUUUUGAUCCAAUUUUAUGUUUAUUUAGGUGCAGUUCGUGUUUUGAAAACAUUUGAAAAGUAUUUAAAAAAUAUUCGCAUUUGUGAACAGUUACUAUUCAAUUCGAAGACAGAGUCAAAUAGGACACUAUUCAGUUUGUUAUUUGAAAGUUUCGAAUGUUCGCACAUCCCUACUAAGGAGUCAAAUUUUACUUGUGGGUUAUUUUCCAUUUUUUAAACAGACGUGUGUGUUUCAGGACAGAUCCUUGCUAGUUUGUAACACAUAAUAUGCUACAGUCAAAGGUAAUAACACACACAUGGCCAUCAAGGCUGCACUGAAGCUAAUUUUAUCCCUACACUCCUUACUAGAAUAUUUUUGGCCACUUUACGAGCUUGUUUAAGCAAAAUGACAGGAUAAGGGACAAUCUCUCAACUGUCUGUGAUAUAGCGUUUAUAUCUGAAGCUGCUGCGCUACAGUGUUCAGAAGCUCCUUGUUUUUAAAUUAUUAAUAUGAUGACACCUUCUGUUCGCCGUACGCUCUCUAUUAUUGUUUCUUUCUAUUUUGUUAUUGUGACACAUGCCGUUGUAUUGUACGUGAUGUGCACUGCAAUUGGUAUUGAGCUUUCCUAACCGCGAAUUUCUUGGAGUUUAAUUUUUUCUAAGCCGAUAGAUCGCUGAGUCCACAAUUCUUUCUGCGCUUCUUCACCGGAGUAUUGGAGGAUGUGCAGAAGAAUUUCCAAGUUGCAUCUCUUCCUCUAUCCAGCCUCCAUUUCUUGGACAUCAUCAUAAUGAUGGUACGUGGCACUCACCGAUAGCAUCAAACAUCGAUAGUCCAGUAGCAUCAUGAAUAGGAGAGUCCUAGCGUAUGUAAGCAGUAUAGAGAUUUUCAUCAUGCCACUGGCAGCGUACGUGGUGGCACACAAGUGGCAGGAAGAGUAAUUGGAGCAUGACAUUUAUGCAUGACGUGGUAGAAAGUAAGUGUGACGAGCUCAUGUCAUUGGUAGUAGCACUCACAUGCUCCAUACCAUCUUGUCGUGGUUACCGGUUUUCCCAGCAGGUUACACAUAAACGCAGUUGCCUUGUGCUGUCAUAUGCUGUUUACUCUUUGUGUCUCUUGUAUAUACCACCAGAAGCUGCUGACUGCCAUGUAACUUUCCAUGCUUUAAUCUCCUGUAAUGGCUCUUUCUACUGGCAAACAAAUGAAUCGAUUUUCGGGAGAUGGACUCUUGGCUGUAGGUGGUGGUUGCCAUGGAUUUAUGUGACAGCUGUGUGUGCUGCUUGUAAACUGUGCUUCUUUAUUUUCCUUUAGACUAAUGGUUCUCUUUUGGUUCUUCGUUAUUAUUUAUCAUGUGCAGUUCACGAAAGGGAAAAAUCGUCAUCCAACCGACUGUACCACGAAGCUACAGGGGCUUCCGAAUUGAAUUGCCAUAUUUGCAGUUUCACACCUAAAGUUACAGCUUAUGGAACAAAAGCCGUUGCAAUAUGAUCCUUCACACUUUCUAUCACCAUAAAAACAUUACUAUUCGAAGAUGCCACUCGGGCAAGCAAUUCUAAUCAUCUUGCUGCAGGCGUGCACGGUGAAUUGUUUGCUGUCUUGUUACUGUUUGCACAGUUACGCAGUUGUUUGUUGUUGAUGCUAUUUAACUUGUUCUGCGUCAGUUGUCAUCCAAUUUUUUUUGCAUUUUAGUUUAAUAACCUAAUUUGCAUUCACUUUAUAUACUCUACAAUAGUGCUUCAAAGAUUUGCUCAUUUAUUGGACGUUAUGACUCCUGGUUGCCGCUUUUGGUUACAUUUAAACUGUUGAGUCCAACAAUCAUUUAGUGUUUCUGUCAUUAAAUCUAUGUCUGCCAUGCAAGUGUGUCUGUAAUCUGUUAGGAGCAAAGUUGAAAUCUUUAUCAGAGAGGAAACAUUAUCUCCCCUGUUCUUGAAACAUUCCUCCUCAACUACAGAAAGUGAAGAGAAGCAUGGCAGCUCAGCUCAACCAGUCACAGCAUUUCAUUAACACUUCUUGAAUAUUCCGCUCUAAUUUUGCUGACAGGAAAUUUUUGUGUCGAAUCAAAGGCAUUACAGAGGCAGCAAGCUGCUACUUGCUGCAGGAAUUGUUGAGAAGCAUUACUGAAACACGUUGAUCACUUCUUCAAUCUAGGGGUAGAGCUGCAGUCUAUUACGAGAAGUAAAGGCUCUAUGUUGAGUAGCAGGAUCGUUCAAGAGUAUGGGAGGAGGUACGCCACAUUGAGCUCCUGCCCUAUGUGGCCAACAUAGGAAGCAUUAAGACCAAACCAGCCUUCGGAAAAGGUAGACAGAUUUUAUUUGUGUUGUGGUUUGAUACCAGUCAAAGCCAAAGCAUAUCGACUUCCUGUUUGUUGUCAUCAUCAUGUUGCGUUUGUAUUCAUGCAACUGUGAGCCAAAAGAAAAAGUCAACCAGUCUUUUGUGUUGGAAUGUUGGUGUUGUGAUUGUUGAGCUUAGGCUCGUCUAUGGUUGCUGCCUUGCAUUUGUUAGUGUUGAUGUCGUCACAACUUUCAGUGUAAAAGCUGCUUGCUGAAUCGCAUGCGUGAAUCGUAUGUGUGAUUUCAUCACAGGUUAUCCUGUGAGAAUCUCAAGGUGACUGGUGGAGUUGGACGACACAAGCUAAUUACACUUUCUUGUAGGGCGUAUUAAGCUAAUUUAAGGAUGAGUGCACAUUCGGCAGAAAAGGAGAAUUUUUUUGGUUUGUUGGUGUGUCGAUUCGUUUGGAAUGCUCUAAAAAAUAUUACAAGUACAUUUUAAAGAGGUGUACAAUACUGGUUUUCCAUUUUAUUCAGACCUUGUGGUGAUGGUGCAUUGUAAGAAGUAGACAAAGAGUGCCAGUGCUUUUAAUGUUAUAGUCAUGCGCAGUAAAAGAUCAUUGCUGCAGGGCAGUAUUAUUAUUAUUAUGUUCUUAGAUCUUUGCGAAUGCAUUUGUCUCACUUUUAUACCAAGUGGCUACCACUUAGCCGGUGCGGGAGUUAAUUGUCGGAGCCAAAAUGCCAAGAUGUACCGCGCUUGAAAGUGAAUAGCGGGCAUGCCACGUUUACGUACGUACAGUGUAACUUUUCAACUGGUGAAAUCUUACAGUGUAUGCCAGACCUUUCUGAAUGCUUGUCUUGUCGCAUUUUGUGUCACGCAAAAUCUCAGUGACUUGUAGUCGGUGAUUGCUGGAGUUCCUGUGGUAAGGGACGGUGCCUCUGUUUUUGGGGGGGGGGGGCAGCAAGAACAUGCUGUGAAGUGCCUCUUUGUUUUGUAUACAUGUAUAGCCACUGUUUUACAUUUGUCAAGUUGAAGGUGUUUGUGUGUGUGAUGUUGUUACACUCGAAGAGUAUCUUUGAUAUUGUACACAGUAUUGCUUGUACGUCACGUGACUGCGAAUGUCUUUCUUGUGCUGAGGCAGGGAUGCCCAGCAAGACCUGAGGCUGCCACGAGCAGACCAGUUUCUAUGCGGUGUUUUAGUGGCAUUUUAAUAAAGUGCUGAUUCUUAAAAAA